AUGGAAUACUGGCUGUCAUCUCCUUACAAAAUAUGUUCUACAUGGUUUUUAUUUAUUACUAUAGACGUUGUUCAUGGAGUUAACCGUGGAACUAAUCAAAAUGAAGUUGAUAAACAUCUUGCAAUGGGGGGUGAUUUUCUAGCCAGAGGCCAGCUGCAAGAUGCGCUUUAUCACUACAAUGCUGCAGUUGAGGGUGAUAAAAACAACUAUUUGACUUAUUUCAAGAGAGGGACUGUAUAUUUGGCAUUAGGAAAAGCCAAAUUUGCAAUUCUUGAUUUAAAUAAAGUCUUAGAAUUGAAGCCAGAUUUUUCUGGGGCGAGAAAUCAAAGAGCCCAUGUUUUAAUGAAGCAAGGGAAUUUAGCUGAAGCUAUAAAGGACUUUACUUACCUUCAUCAAAUUGAGCACAAUGGUGAUGCAUACCACAACCUUAUACGUGCUGAAACUUUAAUGAGCGACAUACACUUAGCAGAAAGCCUUGUAAAGGAGAAUCAGUAUAGUACCGCUGUAGACCUCCUCUCAUCGAUCAUUGAAGCCUGUCCAUGGUCGUCAUACUUGAGAGAAUUGAGGUCGAAUUGCUAUGUAGCACUUAAUGAUCCUAUGUCUGCUAUACUUGAUCUCCGAUCUACUACUAAACUUCAGUCUGACAAUACUGAUGGAUAUUUUAAACUAUCAAUGCUCCAUUACCAGCUUGGACAACCUUACGAGAGUUUAAGAGAAGUACGGGACUGUCUAAAACUUGAUCCUGAGCAUAAAGACUGUUUUCCACAUUAUAAAAAAGUGAAAAAAAUUGAUAAAUUUUGGAAUGACAUCCAAGAUGCCAUUAACUCACAAGAUUAUGACACUUGUGUCGACUCCGCACAGAAGAUUUUAAAAACAGAAACAAAAGUUCCUAUGAUCCAAUGGCUGGGACAUGCCAAACUGUGUAAAUGUUACAUGGAACAAGGGAAGACUGCUGAGAGUAUUAGUUCAUGUAAUAGCGCUCUCGAAAUUAAUAAAGAUGCUGAUGUUCUGUGCGACAGAGCUGAGGCUCAUAUCAAUUUCGAUAUGUUUGAUGAUGCCAUCAGAGACUAUUCAGAAGCGUUAGAAAUACAUGAAGAUUUUCAAAGGGCUAAGGAAGGUAUUCAAAAAGCACAAAAUCUACAGAAGCAAUCAGAAAAAAGAGAUUAUUACAAAAUAUUAGGAGUCGGUAGGAAAGCGACGAAAAAAGAAAUAGUCAAAGCUUACAGAAAAGCUGCACAACAGUGGCAUCCCGAUAAUUUCCCAGAAGGUCCUGAAAAGAAGAAAGCUGAAAAGAAAUUUAUUGAUAUUGCUGCAGCCAAAGAAGUUUUGACAGAUCCUGAUAAAAGGAAAAAGUUCGAUCUAGGAGAAGAUCCAUUAGAUCCAGAGUCUGGGAAUCAUCACGGCCCAUUCAACCCGUUCCAACAAUUUCAUCAUUUCUCUUCCGAAACUCCAUUUACUUUUAAAUUCCAUUUCAACUAG